GGUCGACGGUUUGGGUCGCGAGGCAGCGUGGGUCAGGCAGUGAGGCCAGUCAAACCGCGGCCGUACACAGGCCGGCCGGCGCGCACAACGUGCACAACGCGCCACUACCUCGCGUGCUACCCGCGUCGCCGGACCUACACGAUAAAACACACCGGCAGUUGCGGAAAUGUGCAAACAUGUGGUACUUGUUCCUAUGAUGACCGUCGAUUCACUUCGUUUGAUUGCAGCAAUGCAAAAGAAGACGUGUAAGCCGGCCAUGCUGGGCCGCGUGUGGUCGGCGAGUCGGCGCGCGCUCAGCCUAGAGCACACUCCUGCGCAUCAGUUCGGCUGCUGUCAGUGGCAGACGCAGCAGCGGCCGCCGGUCGCCUACCUUAUAUACAGAUGGCUCCUGUUCAUCGGCGUGGUAUCGGUCGGCAUCGCGAGCUUCGCCUGCCAGCAACUACCAAAGCAAUACGAGGGGAAAGUGGAGCUAAAGUACAUGAAGUGGUUCAUAUACUUCACCAACUGGGGGUUCAUGGUGAUCGCCCUGCAGUCGGGACUGGCCCUGGCGGUUGUGCACCGAUACAGAGCGGAGCGGAUACUCAAUCUGACAUGGGAGGGUACGUCGAGCGGACGGCGACCGCGGACGCCCCUGCUAUGCCGGAGCUACUGGCUGGCGCACACUGUGGCCACAGACCUCGCCUUCGUCAUCACGCUCGUCUACUGGACGCUAGUCUAUGACCCGAAAAUGCACGAAAUAAACGCGCUGAAUCUUCUGGUCCACGGCGGCAACUCCGUAGUCAUGUUGGUGGAACUGGCAGUGACGGCGCAUCCAGUGCGGGCAGCCCAUGCGCUCUACGGUGCCGGGGCAGGCCUGGCCUACGGGCUCUUUAGCGCGUUCUACUGGGCUGUAGGGGGGACAGAUCGGGCUGGUCUCACUGCUAUAUAUCCUGCGCUGGAUUGGAACAAACCUGGCUCAGCAUUUGGGUUCGUAGCGCUGUGCGCCGUGGUGAUGGUCAUAGCGCACGCGCUGGCGACGUGCGGGGCGGCGGUGCGCGGGCGCCUCGCCGCGCGCUUGCGCGCUGGACGCCAGCAGCAAGAUCGGCAGGCGUUGCCGGCCUACUGAGGAUAGGAUAAGAUACGCUUAGAAUAAGUGUUCUGUGGAAAACAAGUGAGCAUUGAGCUUUAGUUUUAGGUUACAUAGGCAGGCCUGUGAUUGCCUAUCACUCACUUUUUAGUAUACCUACUAAUAAGCCACUGAAUUCAUUUUACAAUUUUAACUUCAAGAUCUUUUAAAUACUUAUAGAUUUCCAACUACCCUAUAGUAGAUAGUUCUUGAUAUUUGUCGUACAUUUCAAGACAAAAACAGUCCAUUACCUAUUUGCUAUCGGGCGUAUGUUACCAACAUCAUUGUAUCGCUAUAGCCAUCACUACCACCAAAAAUGUACAAUGAAUUGACAGUAUAAACGAUCAUAAUUUUAAUAGGAGGAUCUGUACUAAGAUGAUAAUCGUCUAUUGACUAAUUGCAACCGAAAAGUAGAAAUGUGUCAGAAAUAAAAGUGGCGUGAUCAUUUUCAUACACUAUUUAAAUUUAGAAUGACGUUUUCUAUUGGCACGUGACUAGGUGGGUUGGGUACCUAACUACCUAGAAGUCUGAGAAGUCAGCUACUUGCAUUUCAAUGACCUGGAUAGGUCUUCUCAGACCACGCAAAAUAAAGCGGAUAACGGUCGGAAUUUAAUACAGUAUAACCUAGAAAUAAUAAUUAAGUAUUAUAGCAAUCAAUACACUGCCAUUUGCACCUGAAAGUUCUAGAAAAUUAUGGGUCUUCUGUAGUGCCUAGAUUAAUACUCGUUAAAGCGAUUGUCAGUAGAUUUGAAAAGUCAUAAUUAUAGCUGUUUGAACAUUUUUUAUUACUUUUAUGGUUCUCCUAUGUCUCUUGAGUUUGCCCACCUACUCUAUAAAAUUUGACCCACGCCAAGAAAGUGGUCUACCACUUUUCGACUCUAUCAUCUGAUGAGCCAACUUUCUUGGCUGACCGUAGUACUUAUAUGUAAUUUACAGAUUUUUUUCAGAUGGUACCUAUUCUUGUUACACUCUGAAUUCUAGUGGGAAAAUAGCGCCUGUUGAAAACGUACUCUGUGCUAGCGAGUUAGCCCUAUAAGUUAUGACGGUUUCAUUAUUCUCAGGAGUUUAGAAUGGUCCUUUUCUAUUCCGUCAAUAUAAGCUACGUGUUUUAACGUUAGUUAAUAAGCAUUUAUGAAAAAGCUAGUUAGGUUUAGAAAACCGCUGUCGCCUGUAGGUGUUCACGGUGUGGUUAGAGAUUCGAUUCGAGGUGAUGUUUUAAGGCGAUUAAAAUAUCACCGAAUGAAGAAUGUGAAGAAUUCAUUGCAGAAGUGUAAGCUAACAGUCACUCCAGUUUGAUAGCCAAAUUAGAUGUCGUGUCGAUAUGCGGCGCAUAAUGUAUGGAGCUGUACAACCCCACUUACAUAAGGAAGGAAGGAGCUGUCAAAUUCAAAACAUACAGUACAUAAUGGUCCUAUUUUCCCGCACUAGUCCGUGAAAUAGAACUUUUCGUGCGUAUGCCAAAAGUUUAAAGGGCCAUAUGUACUGUAAAACGUUGUACGAUACACGUGUUAAUAAGCAAUACGCAACUCGUAUCGAUUUAUAACGAAUAAAUUUCCUCUUUUCCACACUUGUAUCGUAAAUAACUAUUAUAUUAGUGGUAGCAACGUUUUAAUAAUUGCUUAACAUUAUUACCGUGCAAACUCCAGACACAAAAGCGUAAACGUAAUUCGUCUAACUUUGGUGUUAAGAAAGCAUUAUGUGGUUGAUUUUGCACCACUUAUGUAUCUAGAUUAGGUAUAGUCACCGUGAUCGUUAUGCCAUUUAGAGUCCUAGCUAAAUUGAACAUUCCAUAGCGUAACUAUGGAACAACCAAUUUAGCUAGGACGCUAAAUGGCAUAACAAUCGCGGAGCGUGAAUUCUGUUUCAUUCUGUGUAACAUAACAAACACUGCACUGCCUAUUGUUUUAUACACAUGUCAAAAAUGGAACACAAUAAUUACUUUUUCUCAGUGAUGCAAGUCUCUCUCAAAUGAUGUUACUCAGUGAUUUAGAUUUAUUAUUUAAAAAUACAAGUAGGUAGGUAUUGUAUUAAGUUUAGUAUAUUAUGUAAUGUAUUGAUUCGCCUAUGUUUUAAAAAAAAAAAAAGAAACACUAUCAUCAGACAUAGAAUGUAGUUUUCAUAUUGAAAUCUGGAGGUUGUUAUAGUUUCAUUAAAUCAUUUUGGUCUCAUACCAAAAAAAUAUAAAUACAUAUGUAAAUAGUUAGACGUGCAUUUAUUCUUAAAAUAAUAUGAAUUGUAUUAUUCAGACAAAUAAUAAAUUUGUGAUAAAAAUGUGAUUAGCUGAUUAGCUAGCUUACCCGAAAUUUUAGGUUAGGUGGAAAUUCCUUUAAAAGCGUGGUGAAGCCAAAUGGCUAAAAAUGUACACCAUUUAAGUACCUAUUGGAAUUUUCCGUGAUAAUCUAGCGAAAUUUGCACUUUGGGUUAUAGAACCUUGUUCUUAUAGAACGACUGUAUUAUGCAUGCAUUUGUGUAUCGUAAGCCUCUGCCAUAAGACAGCUAAUAAAGUAAUUUAUCUAA